UUCGCUCUCUCUGCAGAUGUCCAGUACUUAUACAUGUUCCCGGGCAGCUCCAGCCUCUCUUCUCUAUGUGGUGACCGUGGACUACUGGACCCGGACCAGCCCUUCCUUCAGAGUCCUGGACCAGCGGCCAUGUUGGAUGCAGCUCACUAACCCUUGAACUUGGGGGAGGGGGGGGACACUCCAGUUUGUCUAAACUCACAUCGCAGACUGCCAUGCUGGUGUUAGAAUGAGAGACUGAGCGAGGGGGGGGGACGAGCAGAAAGAAGAGAGAGCGAGGGGGGGGGGGGGGGGGGCGAAGCGCCGGUGUCGGACCCACAGAAGACCAGCCAUCCUGCGGGUAGGUGGGCGGCUCCGGUGGGGGCCACACCCCUGACCAUGACCAGCCUGUUCAGGAGAAGCAGCAGCAAUGGAGGCUCCAGAAACAACAGCGGAGGGGGGGGCGGAGGGAGCGGCGGCGGAGGGGGGGGGCAGGGGCACCUUAACAACAGUAGGCCCAACCGGCAGGUCCGACGCCUGGAGUUCAACCAGGCCAUGGAGGACUUCAAGACCAUGUUCCCCUCCAUGGACUACGAGGUGAUCGAGUGCGUCCUGCGCUCCAACAACGGCGCGGUGGACGCCACCAUCGACCAGCUGCUGCAGAUGAGCGUGGACGGGCAGGGGACGGACGACAGCUCCGACUCCGACGACAGCAUCCCACCAGAGAUUUUGGAGCGAACGCUGGAACCCGACAGUUCAGAUGAGGAACCUCCUCCGGUCUAUUCUCCGCCCACGUACGACAUGCACAUUUACGACAGGAAAUACCCAGAAGCCCCGCCCACUCCUCCGCCACGGUUUGAGACGCAGCCGCCUCCUGGACAUCAGCAGCUGAGGAGUUACAGGAACUGGAACCCCCCUUUACUGGGAAAUCUGCCCGAUGACUUCCUACGCAUUCUGCCUCAGCAGUUGGACAGUAUAAAGAGCUCUCAGAGCAGCCUGUCCCAGCCGUCGUCUUCGUCCUCGUCCUCGGUGUCCUCGGUCGGACAGUGGACGGCCCACUCCUCCUCCGGCUCUCGGUCCGGAGCCUCGGGCAGCUCCGGAGGUUCAGGUCUGACGACGGGAGCCACGGAACAGGACAAGAAGCUGAAGCAGUACCUGGAAGACGAGCGCAUCGCCCUGUUCCUGCAGAACGAGGAGUUCAUGAGAGAGCUGCAGCGCAACCGAGAGUUUCUGAUCGCUUUAGAGAGAGAUCGCUUGAAGUAUGAAUCAAAGAAAUCAAAGUCCAAUCAUUCAUCUAGCAUGGAGAAUUCCACAGGUGAACAGUGUUCUGCCGCUUCCAUGGACGCCGUUUCAGACGACGCUCUGUUCAGAGACAAACUCAAACACAUGGGCAAAUGUAAGGAA